AUGGCUGCUACUAACGACAACCAUGAUAAUGCUAAUCUUUCUAAAGAGUGUGCAGGUCGCCAUGGUUUAGGGACUCAUAUUCUCCAUCAGUAUCAAGGAUUUUGGUGUUCCGCUGACGGAAUAGAGAGUGUCAGUGAUUUUCAACUGAAUUUCAAAGCUUUGGAUACUGAUUUGAUCCUAGCAACACUACCGAAAUCAGGCAGCACUUGGUUGAAAGCACUAGCCUUUGCCAUUGUCAACCGAAUCAAUUACCAUUUUUCAAGCAAUAACCACCGACAUCCACUGCUUACUGUUUCACCCCAUGACCUUGUUCCAUUCAUCGAUUUUAAACACAUUCUUCCAGAUCAUAGACUUCUUGAUUUCACCAUAACUAGUACAACUCCUCAUGACCACGAUUCUCCAUGCAGACUUAUAGCUACCCAUGUCCCUUACCCUUCUUUAGCUGAAUCCAUUAAGAACCCAGCUAUAAAUUGCAAGAUUGUUUACUUAUGUAGGAACCCUCAAGACACAUUUAUUUCUAUGUGGAUGUUUAUGAAUAAAGUGAGGGCAGUAGUGAACAGUAAAGAUAGUUCUCUAUCUAUCGAUGAAGCUUUUGAGUUUUUCUACGAGGGAGUCUCACAAUUCGGUCCGUUUUGGGAACAUGUACUUGGGUACUGGAAAGAAAGUUUAGAGAACCCUCAGAAAGUGUUGUUUCUAAUGUAUGAAGAUUUGAAAAAAGAACCAAAAAUCCAAUUAAAGAAACUUGCAGAGUUCAUGGGUUAUAGUUUCUCUACAGAAGAAGAGACACAUGGAGUGAUUGAAGAUAUCCUAAGUCUAUGUAGUUUUGAACACUUGAAGAAUUUGGACGUGAAUAAGAAUGGACAUUGGAAUCUGGUCGCAAACCAAGUCUUCUUCAGGAAAGGUGAGGUUGGUGAUUGGAAGAAUUACUUGACACCUCUUAUGGUUGAACGACUUGACCGUCUCAUGGAAAAAAAGUUGCAUGGAUCAGGGUUAGUGUUUGAAUACUAG